GAUUUCACAAAAAGAAAUGAGACAAAAACUUAGUGCACGCAUCCGUAAAUUGAUUUCUUGUACAGCAUCAAGACCCGUCAUCACACCAAAUUCUUCUAUGGGAGUGGAUGUCACAGAAGAAUACGCCAAUGCCUUUCGCACCGAAUCAUACCUCGACUUUUGGACGCGUGUCGUUGCGCUAUCCAAUGCCGGUUCUACCGGCUCCAAGCUUAUUCAAAUGGAGUCGACAACUGCGGCUCGGCUCUCAUCAUAUCGGCUCUUCGUGGAGAACCUCUUGGAUCCGGAUCAAACCAUCGUUACUCGGAUCUUGGCAAUGACCCGAAACCACCCAAAGAGCUUUGCACUUCUAUCCGACUAUUUUACCCAAACCGCAGACGCUUCCGCCCUAUGUGGCCUCCUACUAAAAGAUAUCGACCGGACACGUGUCAAAUACCGUUCCAUCAGAACCGCACUUCAAUCUCUAAAUAACUGUCUCACUCCUACGACACUGAACCAGCUAACUAAAUUCUCCAUCAUUUUAUCUCCCAUACGGAUUCAAAGCAUACAAGCUGGAUGUUCCAAUUUGCUAAAACGCCUAGAAUUGACUCGCAACAAGACUAGAGCCAAACUAAGGCUCGCAGGCAAAUUCCAAACUGCCUCGGCUAUCUUUUUAGUGGCAGUGACGGCUACACUAAGUGUAAUUAUUGUCACGCAUGCACUUGCCCUAGUGGUGGCUGCACCAACUCUUAUAGCAACUUCACUCGACUUGACCUCGUCGAGGAGACUAGCUAGGAUGGCGACGCAGCUCGACGCGGCCACCAAGGGAGCUUACAUAGUAAGCAGGGAUUUGGAGACGGUGAGCAGGCUCAUGGCUAGGUUAAACGACGAGCUUGAGCACAUGCGCGGUAUGGUUCAGUUUUGGGUGGAGCGCGCGGAGGAGGACUGGCUCCAACCCGGCGGAGAAGUGGCGCGGCAGCUGAAGAAAAAUGAUUGUAGCUUUAGACAGAAGCUAGAUGAGCUAGAGGAGCAUUUGUAUCUGUGUUUCAUGAAUAUAAACCGGGCUAGAAAUCUAGUAGUGAAGGAGAUUCUGGAUCCGGGUCAGAACACCACCAAUUCCCAUGCCACAUUGGUAAUGUUGUAA